AUGUCAACCUCCAACGGACCCCAAAUCGUCCCCGGCCAAUGGAUCGUCACCCUUCGCCCCUACGCCACCUCGGCCAUCAAAUCCACCCACGUCUCCCUCCUCCACAAUCUCACUGACGACACCUCCUCCCCCGUCAACGUCUCCAUCAACUCCGAGUUCGACCUCCCCGAAAUCAGGGGGUACACCGCCUCCUUCGACGAAGCUACCAAAGCCGAACUCGAAGCCCUCCCCGAAGUAGCUGACAUCGAACCCGUCCAAAUCUUCAAGCACUGCGCCACCGUCACCCAGUCCAACGCCCCCUGGGGCCUCGCCCGCAUCUCCACCCGCUCUAAGCUUCCCCCCGCCGGUCCCUACACCUACAAGUACACCAACACCGGCGAAGGCGCCAUCGCCUACGUCAUCGACACCGGCAUCAACGACGCCCACGUCGACUUUGAGGGGCGCGCUUCAAAGGGCCCAAAGUUUGUCACUGUUGCUGCUGGGGUGGAGGUUAGCGAUGAGGAUUUGAACGGGCAUGGCACGCACGUUGCGGGGACGAUUGCGGGGAAGACGUAUGGGGUUGCUAAGAAGGCGCAGGUGAUUGGGAUCAAGGUGUUUGAUGAUUCGCCUGAGCCGGGGGCGCAGACGGGUGAUAUUAUUAGUGCGUUGGAUUAUGUGGUCAAAGAGUUCAAGGAGCAUGGGAAGCCGAGUGUGGUGAACUUGAGUCUGGGUGGCGGUGCGUCCCCUGCGAUGGACAAGGCGGUUGCGAGCGCGGUCAGGAGCGGUGUCACUGUGGUUGUGGCGGCUGGUAACGAGGCAGUGAGCUCUUUCCUAUGA